ACCAACAAAGCCACUGCUUUCAUCCUCAAGCUAUACAAAAACUCCCAGUUCUGUAGCAGAAGACACUUCAGAGGUCAGGAUGAAGCGGGUCUACCUCCUCUUUGUGGCCUGCACCUACUACUUUUUCACUUUGGCAUUUGCAGCCCAGAAGGGUCCAGUAAACAUUCUCUUACCUAGUUCCUAUGGACUGGGCUUAGACUGUGGAGAGCCAGGGAUGCCUGAGGCCCACGUGUGUUCUGAUCCAUGUGAUAACUAUACCACGCUUGUCGAGGCCUGGAGAAGCUUGAACGAAAUGGAUAACAGGAGGGCAUGUGACACUAAUAAAGAAGGCUGGUAUCGGUUUUCGGGUCCAGGAGGGGUAAGGAUACCAGAGAAGUGUGUGUCGGUCAAUAGAUGUGGCACAGAUGCCCCAGUGUGGCUGAAUGGGACCCACCCAUCAAAAGAGGAAGGUAUUGUUAGUCGCACAGCCUGUGCUCACUGGAGCAAUAAUUGUUGCCUCUGGAAUAUGGUGGUGAAGGUGAAGGCUUGUACAGGUGGAUUCUAUGUCUACAAGUUAAAUGCAACUCCUGCAUGUAAUCUGGCAUACUGUACAGACCCCAAUACUGCUGAUGCAACUGAGCCAGAAUGUGACCUGGACUGUUCCCCCCAAGAGGAAUGCCGACUUGUCAAUGGCACCUGGGGCUGUCACUGCAGACCAGACCUCAAUAUUUCUGAUAUUGCCAACUUGCACCCUCUACUGAAAUGUGGAGCCAAUGACAUCAGACUGUCUCUAGACAAGUGCCAGCUAGAGAGUUUGGGGUACACUGGAGAGAUAUUUGCCUACCUCAGAGACAGGAACUGCAGUGGAUUUUUGGAGACAAAUGAGAGCAACCAGCUGUUGGUGGUGAGCCCAGCACGGGUUGGAGCCUGUGGAACAACUCUGGAGAGAAAUGCAACUCAUGCUAUUUACAAAAACACGCUGACCUUGGCCAACCAGCUUAUCAUCAGAGACAGCAUUUUCAAAAUUGACUUUCAGUGUGCCUACCCCCUGGAUAUGAAAGUCAGUCUCCAAACAGCCACAAAGCCCAUUGUCAGUGCUCUGAACAUUAAUGCCACUGGCUCAGGAAAAUUCCUAGUGAGAAUGGCUCUCUUCCAAGACCAGAAUUACACCUCCCCUUAUGAAGGUGCCAUGGCUGUAUUGUCUGUUGAAUCCAUGCUCUAUGUGGGUGCCAUUUUAUACCAAGGGGAUACCUCCCAGUUCAACCUACUGAUGAAGAACUGCUACGCCACACCCACUAAAGAUCCAACUGACCCCUUGAAGUAUUUCAUCAUUAGGAACAGCUGCCCAAACUUAUAUGAUUCAACCAUCAGAGUGGAGGAGAAUGGGGUAUCUACUGAAGGUCGCUUUUCAGUUCAAGUGUUUAUGUUUGCUGGAAAUCAUGACCUUGUCUACCUGCACUGUGAAGUUUAUCUCUGUGACAGUCUCAAAGAACGAUGUCGUCCAUCUUGCUCUGGAAUUCAACACCGCAGUGAAGUUACUAUCGACACAGCUCAUGUUCUGGAUUUGGGACCUAUUGCCCGGAGAGGUUCCCCAUCUGUCCCUGUCACAAGUGGAACCGCCACCCCCUUAGGGUUCCUAAUGAUCUGGCCAGGGCUGUUGCUGUCUGUCCUUGGGAUUUUGCUGUUCCAUUAAUCUAGCUGGAUAUCAUGCCCUUUGCUAUAAGAAUGGUGCCCUCGUCUAUCAAAUGAAGCUCACACAUCCUGGACAUUGCCCUUUAACUCUCCAAAGAACAUAGAGAAUAUGAUUUAGUAAUAGCUAUGAAGUAGGGGGCAAGUAUGUAGUAUCUCUUUAAAAAAAUUGACAGAAGUAGUCAGUGCCUUUAUCUUAUUUCUCUUUCAGAGGAAUAGCUUUCAACUAGAGACCUUAUAUAUCUAUUUUGGUCUGUGCCUCACUUAGCAGUAGGGAAGAUCCUUUAAGGAGAGCCCUCUAGGUUCCUGGCAUGGUAUGAAGAAUCUGCAUGCUAGACUAAGGCUUUAUCUCAACCUGGUCCUGAAGCUAGGAAUGACACAAGGGUCCUCUAAUGUCAGCCCCUAGGCCCAGUAGAGGGGGAGGUGGGUUGACUUAUUGACUAGAGCUGCUUGGUUAUGGAUGCAGAGAUCUAAGUGUGAACUAAUGGGCCAGUUCCCCAUGAUGCAUCCCCAUCUGCCUCAUACUAUGAAAUUUCCUUAGCCUGAGGUGUUAAAUGAUGAUGGAGGCUAGAGCUGAGAAAGCCAAUGAAUGACUCCCCCCAAACCCCUUACCAUCACCCCCAACCUCUGAUUCUGGUUAAUGAGAUUAUGGAGUAAUAAGCAGCUACCAAAGUGGAAUCCAGCCCAG